CCCAUCUCCUUCCGGAGGAAAUCUUCUGGUUCUUCUGAUUCCAUUCUAGGCCACCACCAUUGUUGAGCUCUCACCUCUCCACCAUAAACUCGGUCGACAUCUACCUCCGAACUCUCGCCUCACACCUCCUAACUCUCAAUGGAAACCUCUAUUGCUUCUUCUCUAUCCAUUGGUAAAGAAGAAGUCUCGAACCCAAUAUAUGAGAGCAAUAUGCAUUUUGAUUGGGGAUUGGAAGGUUGUGCAAUGGAAAUGGAAGUUGACAAGGAAGAGGGAGCCAUGGAUGUUGUAGUUUCAGAGCCAAAAUCACAGUACGAGGGUGACACUUCAACAUUUGGUAGUCAUGUAGGACCCGCAACUAAUCCUACUCCCACUCCUACACUAUAUAAUUAUACGAAGCAUUUCACAACGGACAAAGUAUUUUUGUCCGAGAAAGAAUUGGUAGAGUGGACAAGAUCUGCGGGUAAACGAUACGGCUUUGUCAUUAUCAUUAAGGCCUCGGAGAAGAGCGGGAAGUAUAGGAAGUUUGUGAAGAAGUCUUUGGGGGAGGAGGUGUCUGUGAAGAAAAGGGCGAUGCGUUCCACGGGCACAAAGAAAAUUGAAUGCCCAUUUCUAUUGAAAGGAGUAAAGGACAAUGAUGGUUGGACUGCCUCUGUCCACAAUGGCACUCACAAUCAUCCCCCAGCGGUGUACUUGGAGGGGCAUUCGUAUCCUGAAAGGUUGUCGGCGGAGCAAACUGUCACGUUGGUGGAUUUGUCAGUCGCUAUGGUUAAACCCAAACAAAUUCUAAGUCAGUUAAAGGGCAAUAAUCCUUCGAACGUCACGACAAUCAGACAUGUGUACAAUGCACGACAUAAGUACCGAGUGAUAGAGAAAGCCAGGAGAACUCAAAUGCAACAUCUAAUGGCUCGGCUACAACAUUUUAGCUAUGUGAAUUGGGAUCGUUCGAACAAGGAUAGAAAUGUCACGGACUUGUUUUAG